UUCUCAUUGCUUCUCUCAAACUUUCUCCUACCUUCUUCCUCGUCUCUUAGACAGCCAUCAAUUACCCCUGUUCACGUUUUCUUCUACCAUUUCCAACAACCACUACUCCAUCUAUCCUUCUCCUCAAUCAUGCCUCGCAGCUUUUGAAGCUCUCUCUCUAAAAGUUUUUUUUUUCCUUGUUCGUGCUUGUCCUUGUUCAUCAUUCUCUUUUUACCCGUGCUAAUCAUUCCUUUUGGCCGAUUUAUUACCAAGUACCAACCAGACAUGUACAUGUUGGAGAAGACACUCGGGGAACCCGCAUUUCCUAACCACCCCAAAAACCCCUCCUUCUCUUCCACUCUGCUCGACAAGAUUUACCGUUCCAUCGAAGAAGGCGAGAGGGAGUCCCGCGAAAUGAAGUUUCACAGAGAAACAAUGGCGAAGAAACACAGCAGAAGCACUGAGAAAUGUAACAGAACCGUGGAGAAGGAGGAAAUAGCCAAGGCUAAUCUUCGCCGAGCUUGUUUGGUAGAGAAAUGGAGCGAAAAGGUCGAUGCCAAGAGGACGCACCAGCGGAGUCAUCAUCACCUGGACACAAAACUACAUCUUGAUCAUCAUGAUCACGACCAUGAUGUUCUGUUUUUCAGUUCCACUUCUAGUUCUUCUGAUUCCAGUACUGGAGGUUUCUCUUCAUCUGACACAGAGUCCAUGUACGGAGUGAGAUCGCAGGCCUCGUGUUUCGCGCCUCCGAGGCCCAAGCCAGUGAAGACCAGUGUGUCCGUCAGGUCUGAUAGGUCAGAGAAGAAAGAUAGAGGACAAAAACAGAGAGAAAUGCGUGCUUACGACGUUCAUGAGGAAGGAUUAAUAAAGAGUAAAUCCAGGGCUCUAAAGAUUUACGAGAAUAUUAAGAAGGCGAAGCAACCAAUUUCUCCAGGGGGAAAGCUCACGAAUUUUCUCAACGCUCUGUUUACACCAGGGAAUACAAAGAAAAGCAAGAGCUCGAGUACAUGCUCUGUUGGAGGGUGCGAAGACGUAAACGCAGAGAGGAAAUCGAAGUCGGGUCAAGCUUCGACAUGUUCGUCAGCGUCUUCAUUUUCACGGUCUUGCUUGAGCAAAACCUCGCCUUCUCUUCGUAAAGAUGUGAAGAGAUCCGUGCGUUUUUACCCAGUAAGCGUGAUCGUCGAUGAAGACAGUCGACCUUGUGGGCAUAAAUGCUUGUACAAAGAAAAGGACACUAGUCUAAUGCCCGUGUCGGUGCCUACCGCCUGGAAAAUCGGAGGAUCGCCUGGUUAUAAGAAGAACAUUGAUGAAGAACUCAAAGUCCCAGUCAUGGAGAAGAGCAAGCGAGUGGAAGAAGCUGCCAGAGCGUUCUUAAAGGAGUAUCAUCAAAACCAGAGGAAAAGCGAUUUGAUUUUGAGUGAUUUUCCCCUCAGGACAGAUGUAGUUGAGGAAGACGAUGAGGAUGAAGACGACGGCGACGGCGACGCAGCAAGCUAUGCAAGUUCGGAUCUUUUCGAGCUUGAUCACUUGGCGGUCAUGGGAGACGCUAGGUACAGUGAGGAGCUUCCGGUGUAUGAGACUACUCAUGUUAGUACAAAUCGCGCCAUUGCUAAUGGCCUCGUAAUGUAGUUCGGUUCAGUAGAGGCAUAUUAUAAACUAUACACGACCAAUUUAAAUUU